UGCUGCUGCUGCCAAAGUGCUGCGUUCCGUUUUCCCCUCAUCGCAUUCGUUCGUACGGGACCCGUUCCGUUCCGGUUUCAAUCCGUCCGUCACCGUUCGCAGCCAUCAUCAUCCAUCUUUCGUCGUGUUCGAUUUUGCUUUUGCAUCGACGACGACGACGAUUAUAUUCGGCGGAAGGUUUAACACUGCUGAAGGAAUUGUAACUUCGGCUGGUGCGGUAGGGGUGGGCCGCAGGAACGGUGUAUGUGUGCCGAGUGUACGUGUGUCAGAAAAUAUCAACAAUAAUAGCAGCAGCAGCGACAAGUGUGGAAAAUUCUAUCCUGAUCCUAACGAAAGGCAGAUCACUAGCAUUCAGUGAGGAAGGGCGCGCAGUGGUCACAGAGGAACAGCGGCGGCAGAGGCAGGGAUCGAUCGGCAAACCGGAAGCGAGAUAACGAAAGUGCUCCCUCCCCCCCUUACCAGGAAGCGCGGCGGCAAUCCUCCCACCACCAGUAGUCAAAAUGAAUGAAUUUAUCGUGGCUGGGAAGUAUCGGAUCAUACGGAAGAUCGGAUCCGGAUCGUUCGGCGACAUCUACCUGGGCAUUAACAUUACCAAUGGCGAAGAAGUGGCACUCAAAAUGGAAAGCCUCACGGCGCGGCACCCUCAGUUGAUGUACGAAUACAAACUGUACAAGGUGCUGAUCGGCGGCGUUGGCAUCCCACACAUCCGGUACUUCGGCCAGGAGCGGAACUACAACGUCCUGGUGAUGGACCUGCUCGGACCCUCCCUGGAAGACCUGUUCAACUUCUGCAGUCGCCACUUCACGAUCAAAACGGUGCUCAUGCUGGUGGACCAGAUGAUUGGCCGUCUCGAGUAUCUGCACAUGAAAAAUUUCAUCCAUCGGGACAUCAAACCAGACAACUUCCUCAUGGGCAUCGGGCGGCACUGCAACAAACUCUUCAUGAUCGACUUUGGCCUCGCGAAAAAGUACCGGGACUUCCGGACGCGCAUCCACAUCAUGUACCGCGAGGACAAGAACCUGACCGGAACGGCCCGCUACGCGUCCAUCAAUGCUCACCUCGGGAUCGAGCAGAGCCGCCGGGACGACAUGGAAUCGCUCGGCUACGUGAUGAUGUACUUCAACCGCGGCUCGUUACCCUGGCAGGGGCUCAAGGCCACCAACAAGAAGCAAAAGUACGAAAAGAUCUCCGAGAAGAAGAUGUCCACCCCGAUCGAGGUGCUGUGUAAAGGCUUCCCGGCCGAGUUUGCAAUGUAUCUCAACUACUGUCGCAGUUUGCGAUUCGACGAGGGGCCGGACUACAUGUAUCUGAGACAACUGUUUAGAAUCCUAUUCCGUACGCUAAAUCAUCAGUACGAUUACACCUUUGACUGGACGAUGCUGAAACAGCGAGGGAUACUGAAGAGCGGCACCAAUGCGCUGCCCCACGCCACGGGCGAGGGAAAUCGCGAGGAACGGCGUGAUAAGGAUAAGCAACCAACAGAAACUGAGAAAUAGAAGUUUUGAAAUUAUUUUUUAUGUAUAAAAUAUAUUACAAUUACUAAAACUGAGUAAACUUAAACGAGAGAGAAAGGAACAUAUAACAAGAAGUAGGAACGGAAGUAAAGCUGUUAUAAGCGAAGGAAGCAGGAAAAUGAACAGGCAACAAAGCAAGCGCAGAAGGAGACGAAAAGAAAAUUUGAUGAGGAAGAUGCCGACGCAGACGUGAUGAAUGUGGAUACAGAACCGGAUUUUUUUGAUUCAUGGGCAACAGAGAAAGGUCAGCACAGAAGAAGGUGAAUUAGGUAAAACAAAUAAAAACACUUGUAAGCGAAACGAGUGGAAUGUGGCAAAAAAUCUUGCUGAGAAUAAAACGAAAAGAAAACAAAACAUUAGCAAACUCUUAACUUUAAUUACAAACAAAGUAUGUAAAAUUAAAUAUAAUUGUUAGAUGAUGGAUUACAACAAAUAUCGGUUGGAAGCGUAAGUGGAUCAGGCGAGUGUGAGUGUGCCAAUCUGCCAAUGGCAUGCGCGGAGACGAAUAUCAAACAAAAGAACUGCACUUCCCGUCUCUGUCUGGUUCGUGCCUAUUGGCCAAUCGUCACCCACGCACUCAGAAAACACUCAUUCAUAAAAACUCAUACACAGUAAAACAAAUCCAUUGUUUCAUCGUUCAUGGUCUCUCGUGUUCCUCCCGUUCUCUCAAAUAUAAAUCGUAAGUCAUGCUGCGCCACUGUCACCAAUCACAACCACAAUCAUACCAUCGUCAAAUUCGUUUUAUCUCCCCGUACAUACCGAUGAAAUAAUUCUGUAUUACUCUACUCCUAUUGUGCAAAUACAGAACAAGGAAACAAUGCGGUCAAACGCUUUUACUCUACAAGUACUAUUACGAAAUAGCAUACACAAAUGGAUAAAUAAAACAGCGUUUGCCUAAUGUUUUCGUUUUCCAACUCUAGGUUUUAGUUAAAAUAAUUUUGGUUUUCUUUGCUAUCAACUUUUGCAUAUUCUCAACAAUAAACAGAAAAGCAGAAAACCAAGAAUUUAACCAACCUAAUUAGGAGAAAGAAGGAACAAUAAUAAACACAGCCAAUACAACAAAGCAACAUUAUGCAAACCAGAGUAAAACGCAAAGAAAAAAAAAGAAUCAUGUAGCAUUAGAAUGGAUCUGUGCCGUUUUCUCGUAGCAAUGUGACUCUGUGUCUCAAAAAAAAACUACUGUUGAAAACGAAACUGCAACAAAAUCCCCUCUUAAAAUAACAAUUCUCUGUUCUCGUUGUUCCACCUUCUCUCCGUUAGAUGCCUGCUAACGUGUGCCCGCCACACGUUCCCCGUUUUAGCACAUAAACUUUCAAAUUUGAUUUGAUGGUUUCUAUUGUUCUGGGAUUUAAAACUGUUCAACUACGGAUGCGAAAAUAUUCCCCUGUGUCAGAGUACUAGUUUCUUGUACUGUCGAUAGAGUGAAAACCAACAAAGAUGAUAAUCGAUCUUUCUGUCUGGAUGCUGUGUCUUUUAGGUUCUGUUCUACGGGUUGGAUCGUGUGGGACAAACCGCAAAUGGUGAGCCCUGUCCAUUUCUUUUUAUUUCAAAUUCAAAUUCGGAAACGAAGCGUCCUACAGCCCGUAGAUUUAGACCGACAGAUUUAUGUUUCAGAAAGUACGUUUCCUCCCUAUUGUUUACCGGUGCCCUCGAGAGAAGGAGAGGAUACCAUUUACAGCAACAGCAACGUCAAACAAUGCAUAGAGUUUACGUUGAAAAAAAGUAACAAACAAUUGCGGAAAAUACAGAAAUUAAUUAUAAAUUAAUCGAAUAUACUAUCAGAAUAAAGAAAAAAACAAAGAGGAGGUAACAAAUUAUGUGUAAAUAUAUUGAAUUAAACAAAAGAAGAAAAAAGCAUAAGGCGAACAGACGUUGACGAGAGACAGGCAGUAAUGCUUCUCUCUAGAAAAAAAACUAAAGUGUUAGACAAAACAGCAAGAAAGAAAACAAAACAAACAAAAACAGUUUUUUAAACUAUAAUAAAGAUAAACCAGAAACCUACAAAUAUCUAACGACUAUAAUUGUUUAUGUGAGACAAAUAAGGACAAAGCAAAACACGGACGAAACAGUUUCCAUGGAUGGGUAAUUGAAAACGAAUCCGUGAGUGUGGGUGCAGCACCCGCCAGUGUUUUCCUUCCUUCUAGAAAUUCUGAUAUUUCCUUCAUCCUCUAGACUCCCCGGGAACCAUUCACCGUUCGCCAAUUACUUUUCAUCCGCCUUGGCCGCUGCGAAAUGCCUCACCGCUCACGAGCAUGUCAUGAUUGUUUUCUCAUCAUUUCGGAGGUUCAAUUGACCCUUCGCGGGUCCUUCUUGCUGGCGCUCUCCGGUCAAUUGGAUCACCGAAGCAUGGGCUGGUGUGUGUGAAGUAAAAUGUUGAUGAUAGCAACGGCCUCCAUUGUCACUGGAUGGUUCUUAUCUUUUCCUCCCGUAGACAAAAAAGGAAAACUUGAUUUCUUCUUCUGUUCAACUUGAGAGCUAUAAAAAAAUGAAAUAAUAUGAAAACAUAACGAGAAAAAAAUAAAAAAAAAGUUGGAAGAUAAACCAGCAAAAGGAGAACAAGGCGAAGAAACAAGCAUAAAUCAGAUUACAGUAGAAAGGAUUUAUUAUUAGGAAGUAAUGAUUUUUUUUUCAUUGAAUGAAGGUAAAAAUGAUAGGAUGACGCAAGAAGUAAACAGUUAUUAAAUAAAGAAAACCUAAACAAAAUGAAA